AACAGAAAACGGGUCUUGAAUCAGCUCUUCUACUUGCAAACAAACGUCACUCUUCUCUCUUAUUUAAGCUACACCGACACUGUCUCUGCUACUCGGCUCGCACAACACACAAUGUCACUCCUACAACUUCCAACCGAGAUUCUAAUUCUAAUUUUCGACUACGUCGGCUCGUACUAUUUCCGCUCGGACCUGUCACGCCUUACAGUCAGUAAGCAGUGGGGUAAAUUUGCACAUACCGCGUGCUUCCAGGAGUUUUUCGUUACCCAAAAGACACUGCGACGCUUGCUGUCUUCUCCGUAUAUGGAAGCAAGUCUACUUCUACUCAAAGAUAGCGUGGAAGUCCUAGACCUAAGCUUGAAGGGUUUUGCAGACUGGGACUCUAUUCCGCUAUCUCAACUCGAUUUGCAGGCCAUCAAUGUCCUGGAUGUGCCAACUUGGGACGGACCUCAUGGACGCGCAGUGUGUGCAGCCUGGACAACAGAGCUUGCCAACGAUCUCUCCCACCUUGCCACUAUUACGAAACAUUCACGGAAACUACGCAUCCUACGCAUCCAGGCCACCAGUGAACUACACCCGCUACUUCCUCUUCUAGAACGCCGCGACUAUCUUUUUAUAUCAACAAUACGCGCCUUCCUAUCGGCCAGCAACCUGACUAGUCUAGAGUUAGACUUAUGCGGCACCCGACUGAUACCGUGUCAAAGCCAAGAACACGUCGAAGAUUUCCAUGUCUGUACGAGUAUCGCUGCGCUUCUUACUACACUACGACGUUUACGACUGCGUAUGCGCAACAUCUGUGCCGAAGUUCUAAAACAUAGACCAUAUAGCACCAAUCUACAUUUGGACGAGAUGCUUAUUAACCUCAGUCUAUCCAACGAGUCCCCCCUGAACACCUCGGCGGCGCACGCCACAUGUUGCGGUUCUUCCCCGGGGGCAUUCCUCCAGUUGAAAGCAGAUAUGGAGAGCCAGGCGCAAGAUCUUAUAGCACAAACAACCGCCCCCAAAAUAGCGAGAAUAUUGACUCAUGCGCUUCCUAGUCUUGAAAUGAGGGCGUUCGAUGUCUUGACCGGUAGAAAUCUCGCAUUGAGUGAGGGUGCGGAGUGGGAUGCCGAUGGUGAGGUGAUCCAGGACGAGGUGUCGGACGAGGAGUCUGAGAUUUCAGAUCUUUCCUCAGACAACGAAUAGAUAGCCAGUAGUGGUGUUAGGAUUUUAAUAUUGUCCUAUCCUUCAGGCAACUUUGUGGUAAGUGCUGUGCCUAGCAUGAUCGAAGUGAGCCAUGUCAGUGGUUGCCUCACCGAGCCUGAACGCAAUUACUAAAGCAUUCUCACAACAAUUAGCGCUUCGCCCUGUUCUUCGUUAGCGCCGAUCCCUAAACCUACUUAUUAGAC